UUCCGGAGUUUUGGAUUGUGGCGAGAGAAGGACGGCCUCAGCCUCGCCUCCCUGCUCUUCUUCCUUCGCCCAGGAUCGAACACCACCAGCGAGUCACAGUAGCUUGAAACCGCCAUGGCCAUGGGGCUCCCAGGCCUCCGCUGCUGCCACCUUCCCGCGCGCGGCUCGCUCCCUCCCCUCGGCCCCGCCCUCCCACGCAGGCCCCUCCCGCGGACCUCGGCUCUCCGCUACUCCUCCCUCCAAGCCCAAGCUGGGGACAGUAUUGGGGAGGAGGUCCUGCGCAUGUUUCUUGAGGAGAGGCAGCUGCACGGCGAUUUCGUCACGAAAAUCUCUGACAUGGUCUGGAGGAGGAAUGGCGCAAAUGUUGAUGCGGUAGAGGCGACCGCGGUCCAAGGGAACGCUGCGGAUGUUGCUCAGCCUGAAGAUGUCCAGGAAGAUGUUGCGGAUGAGGGAGUGUUGAGAUUAGCGGCAACCAGGGAUUGGGUGUCCGGUGAAAGCAGCCUGCCUGUGAGCAAGAGGCGUUCUGCUAAGGAUAGGCAGAAUGAGAGCGACAAAAGGAAGGAACUUAACCUUUUGAAAUAUGAAGCUCUCAAGGAUGAAUUGUUGCUCUUGACCACAGGAAUUGGAGCUGCAUGUAGUUUAUACUGUCUCCUGGUCUUUUCUCUCAAGACUGCUGUCAGUUAUGCUUUUGGGGUUGGUUUCAGUUGCUUGUAUCUUCAACUUCUGUGUCAGCACACAGAUAACCUGUCAAAGGAAGAUAUUCCAGAAGUUUUUCUAAAGAAGAAAGUGAAGAAAAUCGGCAUUACAAGUGAAGAUUUGAAGAAUACGAUAGAGAAGACAUUGGGUGGUGCUGGAGUAGCUCUUUCAUCCCCAAGGCUUGUGAUUCCUGCUGUGAUUUUUGGAUUGUCAGCUUUAUCAGAUCAUUUCCAAAAUAGCUUUUUCAGUUUUGAGGUUCUUCCAGGGAUGAUGGGUUUUCUUGCAUACAAGGCUGCAGCUUUGGUUCAAGUUUACCGAGAUAACGAGGACCUCCGAUUGAUACUUCCUGAAGAAGAUGCUGGUAGUGACAACGCUUAAGGCGUGCAAGUUAGAGAUUAUGUUAACCUAGUUGUUGAUAAAUACAGAUCGGUGUACCAAAUCAUACUUAAGUUUGGAAUGAAAUUUUUCACAUCAAUGUAUCCUGAAAUCCGGUUGCUUA